CGAGACGCGACCACGCCGACUUUUUGCUGGCCUUUUACUAGCAGCUCUUUGUUUCCAACACAUACUUUUUUUUUUUUGGAAGCCACCGACCAGAUACAACAGCCGCCAACAUGGUCAAGAUAACAGAGGGCACCUUCAAGAUUGGGGACCUGGACCUAUACACGCGGACCUGGCUUCCCGACGAUGGCGCAAUCAAGGCCAAGCUUAUCCUGGUGCACGGCUUCUCGGACCACUGCGGCCUGUACGACGCCUUCGGCUCGGCCCUCGCCGCCGCCGCCAUCGGCGUCUUUGGCUUCGACCAGCGCGGCUGGGGCAGGUCGGUGCGGAAGCCGUCCGACAAGGGCCUGACGGGCGGCACGGCGCAGGUCGUGUCCGACAUUGCCGCCUUUGUCGACUCGCACCUUCCCUCUUCUUCCUCCUCGUCCUCCUCCUCGGAACCCCCCGUCUUCGUGCUGGGCCACAGCAUGGGCGGCGGCGAGGUGCUGGCGCUGGCCGGCGACCCGGGCCACCGCGCCACCGCCUCGCGCGUGCGCGGCUGGGUCCUCGAGGCGCCCUUUCUCGGCUGGGCCCCCGGCGCGGAGCCGAGCGCGCUCAAGAUCCGCGCCGGCCGGCUGGCCGCCCGCGUUCUGCCGCGCCGCCAGAUGGUGCACCGGUUCGCGCCCGAGGACCUGACGCGCGACCCGGCCACCGUCGAGGUCCUGCGGGCCGACGAGCUGUGCCACGACACGGGCACGCUCGAGGGGCUCGCGGCGCUGCUGGACCGCACCGACGCGCUCGUCCGCAACGCCGUCCGCAUCGACCCGUCCGUCGUGAGGGGCCUGUGGCUCGGCCACGGGACGGCCGACAAGGCGACGGGCUACGCCUUCUCGAGCGCCUGGUUCGGCGCGCAGACGGCGCUGGCGGACAAGACGUUCCGCACGUACGACGGGUGGUACCACCAGCUGCACGCGGAGCCAGAGAGGGACGUGUACUUUGGCCACGUCAUCGAGUGGGUGCUGGCCAGGGUCGACGAGGUGCCGGCGGUGGCUGCUGCCGCUGCUGCUGCUACUGUGGGGACGCAGGCGCAGGCUGCUGCCGAGGGUGAGGCUCAGGGUGAGGGCGCGGCUGAGGCUCCCGGGACCGAGGCUGAGGCAAAGGCCGCUGCGGACGACAAGCCAGAAUCCAAGCUGUAGCUAUUUCUAGGUGGUUCUCCUAUAUUGCGUUUUUUUUUUUUUUUUUUUUUUUCGAGGGUGAAGGUUAUCUUGAGGAAAUCCAUAGGCUUCUCGUGUGUUUUAAUGUGCAUGUCUCGACCGAGUUCGUUCUGCUAUCCAUUUAAUGCUACAGUACCCCUCCC